UUGAACCACGAAAUGCGCAAGGAACGAAGGAACAAUACGAUAUAUAUUCCAAGUGAAUCGAGUGCUAUCACUAAAAAUUUUAGAAUCGAAGUUUCCAGGUUGCUCUCUGAAGGGAUUUCGACAUUUUAUUUUUUUUUAUUGAAGAAUUAUUGGAAGAGAAGUGAUAAAGAAUUAGAAAAAAGUUAAAUAAUCAUUAAAACUAUAUAACUCAGCUGUUUUUAAUUAAGGAGCAAAAAUGUCUCACACAAUACUGCUUAUUCAACCAGGUGAUAGACCUGAAACAAGAACAUAUUCUGAUUACGAAAGUGUUAAUGAAUGUAUGGAAGGUGUAUGCAAGAUUUAUGAAGAACAUCUGAAGAGAAGAAAUCCAAAUACACCAACUAUAACAUACGAUAUCAGUCAAUUGUUUGAUUUUGUUGAUCAACUUACAGAUUUAUCAUGUCUUGUUUAUCAAAAAUCCACAAAUACAUAUGCCCCAUAUAAUAAAGAUUGGAUUAAAGAAAAGAUAUAUGUUUUACUACGUCGAGCUGCAGGACAUAGCAAAUAAUAAAUAAAAAAACAUCCAUGCUUUUGUGUAUAAGACAAAUUAACUUUUAAGUACAGAUCUGUAUUACUGUUUGUAAUAAUAAAUAUAUAACCUAUAAAAAA